AUGAAAGGAAUGAUUUCAGUGAGCCUAGACUCUUGCAUCUUCUCAUACAGAAGUGGUAGUUUAGUCACUAAGUUGUGUCCAACUCUUGUUACCCUAUGCACUAUAGCCAGCCAGGUUCCUCUGUCCAUGGGAUUUCCCAGGCAAGCAUACUGGAAUGGGUUGCCAUUUCCUUCUCCCGGGGAUCUUCUCAAUCCAGGGACUGAACCCAAGUCUCCUGCUUGGCAGGUAGAUGCUUUACCACUGAGCCACCUAGGAAGCCCUCCUAAACAGAAAAGUGCUAAAUCCCUUAACUUGGGAUAA